CCCUCACACCCUCCUCGCUCUCUCUUUCCUCUCUUUUCCUCAAUCUCCGGCGCUCGCUCUGCGGCCUUUCUCCGCCUGUCUGUUUUUUUCUCUCACUUGUCUAGAGCAUCAACACAAACAGCUAGCGAGCAAUGCUGACUUAAACGGUUAGAAAGAGGAAAAUCUGUUCAGCCUUGCUAAGUCUCGUCUCUUGAGGUUCUUCCUUGACGGGUUCCAAGAUGAAGGAGACCCAUGUCGAAUCUAGGGUUUUAACCCUUUGUCUUGCGGUCUUCCUUUCGGUUUUCUUCUCUGUACAGUCUCAGACGAAUCCCGGUGAUGCUUCGGUAAUGCAGGAAUUGAAGAAGAGUCUGAACGUUCCAGUAGGACUUGGAUGGUCCGACCCAGAUCCCUGUAACUGGGACCAUGUACAAUGCAACGACAACAAGCAAGUUACUCGGAUUCAGAUCGGAGGACAGGAUCUUCAGGGGACGUUACCUCCCAAUCUUGGAAACCUUACAGCUUUAGAGCGACUAGAGCUGCAAAAGAACCAAAUCUCCGGCCCUCUUCCAAGCUUAAGUGGGUUGUCGUCUUUGCAAGUUGUACUUCUUGGUAAUAACCAGUUUUCUAAGAUUCCGGCCGAUUUCUUUGCUAAGCUUUCGUCUUUGCAAGUUAUUGAGAUAGAUGAUAACCCCUUUUCGGCCUGGGAGAUUCCGGACAGCCUCCGUGAUGCUGCGACUCUUCAGAAUUUCUCGGCGAAUUCAGCCAACGUUACUGGGUCGAUUCCUGAUUUCUUUGGAGGAGAUACUUUUCCAGGCUUGACCGGCCUGCAUUUAUCUUUCAAUUCACUUGAAGGUGUGCUUCCGCAGAGUUUUGCCCAAUCUAACUUGCAGUCUCUGUGGUUGAACGGGCAGAAGAGCACUAACAAGCUCACGGGAACCAUUGAUGUUUUGCAGAACAUGGCUUCCUUAAAGGAGGUCUGGUUACAUGCAAAUGCAUUUUCUGGGCCUUUACCUCACUUUUCUGGGUUGAAAGGCUUGCAGGUCUUGAGUCUCAGGGAUAAUAUGUUUACUGGUCCUGUUCCGGCCUCGUUGAUAUCUCUUCCAUCUUUGAAGGUUGUGAAUUUGACAAACAAUCUGCUUCAAGGGCCGAUGCCGAAGUUCCCUGAUUCAGUUGCAGUGGAUAUGUCUACUCAGACAAACAGUUUCUGUUUGCCCACUCCCGGCGAUUGCGAUCCCCGCGUUAAUACAUUGCUUUCUAUUGCCAGCUCCAUGAAUUAUCCGACGCGGUUUGCCGAGAACUGGAAGGGUAAUGAUCCUUGCACUCCAUGGCUCGGGAUUACUUGCAACAGUGGCAACAUUACAGUCAUUAAUUUUCAGAAUAUGGGACUCUCGGGUAAGAUCUCUCCUGACUUCUCGUCCCUUAAGUCUAUGCAAAAACUGGUCCUUGCUAACAACAAUCUCACGGGUACUAUUCCGGUGGAGCUUACAACUCUACCUGAUCUUAGGGAGCUUGAUCUAACAAACAAUCAGCUUUUUGGAAAUGUCCCAAGUUUUAAUCGUAAUGUGAUUGUUAAGACGAGUGGUAACCCGGAUAUUGGCAAGGAUAAGGCCAGUCCACCUUCAUCAGGGGGUUCAGAAAACCCACCACCUGGUAAGAGUGGUGGAAAUGGAACAAACAGCGAUUCAAGCAAUGGCAAUAAUAACGAUUCAGUACCAGUUGGAGUUAUUGUGGGUUCUGUAAUUGGUGGUAUUUGUUUGAUUUUCUUAUUAGGGCUGUUGGGCUUCUGUCUUUACAAGCGGAAACAAAAGCGCUUUGGCAGAGUACAGAGCCCAAACACAAUGGUUAUCCAUCCUCGCCAUUCUGGGUCUGACCCUGAAAUGUUGAAGAUAUCAGUAGCAGGUUCAAGUGUGAAUGCUGGGGCUGCAAGUGAAACAUUCAGCCGGACCAGUAGUGGGCCCAGUGAUAUCCAAAUGGUUGAGGCAGGAAACAUGGUGAUUUCCAUUCAAGUCCUAAGAAAUGUGACAAACAAUUUCAGUGAAGAAAAUAUAUUGGGAAGGGGAGGUUUUGGAACAGUUUACAAAGGGGAAUUGCAUGAUGGGACGAAGAUUGCAGUGAAGAGAAUGGAGUCUGGGGUGAUCAGUGGGAAGGGAUUGUCCGAGUUCAAGUCUGAGAUUGCUGUUUUGACCAGGGUCCGGCACCGGCAUCUGGUUGCACUUCUUGGGUACUGUUUGGAUGGAAAUGAGAGGCUUCUUGUAUAUGAAUACAUGCCUCAGGGGACUCUAAGUAGGCAUCUUUUUGACUGGAAUGAAGAAGGUUUGAAGCCAUUGGAGUGGACAAAAAGGUUGAGCAUUGCCCUAGAUGUAGCUAGAGGUGUUGAAUAUCUGCAUAGUUUAGCCGCUCAAAGUUUCAUUCACAGGGACCUGAAGCCCUCUAACAUUCUUCUUGGAGAUGAUAUGAGGGCUAAGGUUGCAGAUUUCGGUCUUGUUCGUCUUGCUCCUGAAGGGAAAGCCUCAAUUGAAACACGGCUUGCUGGAACUUUUGGGUAUCUUGCACCAGAAUAUGCAGUGACAGGGAGAGUGACCACCAAGGUUGAUGUUUUCAGCUUCGGGGUGAUAUUGAUGGAACUUAUAACAGGGAGAAAGGCACUUGAUGAGAGCCAGCCCGAAGAAAGCAUGCACCUGGUAACAUGGUUCAGGAGGAUGCAUCUCAACAAGGAUGCAUUCCGCAAGGCCAUAGACCCAACCAUUGAUCUCACUGAGGACACUCUCUCAAGUAUAACCACUGUUGCCGAACUGGCAGGCCAUUGCUGUGCAAGGGAGCCCUAUCAGAGGCCCGACAUGGGGCAUGCAGUGAAUGUAUUGUCAUCCCUGGUCGAGCUCUGGAAGCCGGCAGACCCAGACUCGGAGGACAUCUACGGCAUCGACCUCGACAUGACCCUACCUCAGGCGCUAAAGAAGUGGCAGGCGUUCGAGGGCAACAGUCACAUGGACUCUUCCUCAUCAUUCCUUGCCAGUGUGGAUAACACCCAGACAAGCAUACCUACCCGGCCUUCUGGGUUUGCAGAUUCAUUCACAUCAGCAGAUGGAAGGUGAAGGAAGAGUGAAGAAGAAUAGAGAUAGAAACUGGGUUCUCAACGGUGGUGACAAGGUGGCUUGUUCAUUCCUGAUGCUCCUGUUCUUGCUUGUUGAUCCUUUUGUAAGUUACAAAGUUUGUUUUCCUCUUUUCCUUUUUCAUCUGUUUCUCUCCUCACAAUCCCUUCCUUUUCUUGGGAUGCUUUACUUUGUAGUUUGAACAGUCUUUUGUUUAAAAUUUUCAUUUUUCCUUUUAGGAGCUUUACUUUAGAAAUGCAAAUAGAGAGACCGAGUCAAAUAGAUACUUAACAAGAAUGUCUUUAGAAUCA